AUGGCGGCUCUUGCAGUGAAGCGUCGUGAGGUCCAUCAAACCCACCAGCUCUCCUCCCAGGCCCCUCACUCCCAGGCCCCUCACUCCCAGGCCCCUCACUCCCAGGCCUCUGACUCUUUCACCAUCCGCAGUCAUAAGGACUUGACCAUCGGGCUAUCGUUGACACCUUCAGGGUUGCCCGAGGCAACAGAGGAGCCUUUGUUGGCCUCUCUGGCUUCUCCAGCACUGCCUGAAGAGACAGGGGCCGGCGAGUUGGUGACGAGUUGGGGCGUGGCCACAGGGUCCAGUGGCCUGGGGACCUGGUCAAUGCAGCCUCGCCUCAGGGUGGGGCCUGAUGACAAGGCCAAGAGCGGUGUCCUGUUCAACCAGCGAGUGUUCGGCUUGAACCCACAACUGGAGCAGCUGGACAUAGGAACGUCGGGAAGCGAGGAACACUCCGAGAUUGAAGCCUCCGGCCUGACUGACCCCAGUCAUUGGUGGGCUUCCUCCACAGGGGAACCGUCUCCCAAUCCUUUAGACCCAGCAACACAAAAUGGUCCCCGACUCUCCCCUCAGGACAUGCCCUCUGAACACUCUGUUUCCCCGAUUUAUACCUUUCCCGGCUCCCCUGAGCGCUGGGUCACUGUGCAGACACCCUCUCACACUCCCGAGACCCCGAGCCAGAGAGAGACCCCUCCACAGACCACCCCCGACAUGUCAGUCAGUAGCCACAUGGUGCCUUCGUUCGUUUCCCAACCUCCGCCAGGAUUCUCGAGCCCGGCCCCCCGCUCGGGGGCAGCCACGGAACCGGCCACUGUUCGUCCGGCGGCCACUGACCACACGACGGCUGAGCCUGGUGAUGUCAGCCGCUCUGCGACAGCCGUGCCACCUGGUGAUACCAUCACCGGGGGCAACACAGUGGGGACGGGACCCUCACCCAGCGAGGGAACAAGGGCAUCUUCGGAAGUAAUACCAAACUACAAAUCGUCGCCCACUCCAACCCAUCCAACUGAGAGCCACCCAACUCCCACAAAGCCACCACAAGCGAGCAACCAAACCCAUCAGACAGCACAAAGCACCACAGCAGGUGAUGCCCGUGGUGAGAAGCGGCUGACAGGAGAGGAGCCGGGAGCGGUGCCCACUUUGCCCACCUGCAGUCUGAGGGGGAACAGCAGUGAUGGGGCAGCCUCCGUGACCCCGUACCCUGAGGGGACCCAGACCGGCCUCCUCCACCUCCCCCUCCCGCCAUUGUUCGUGUCGCUGGGUGUGGAGUGGAGCACGGCACUGGCGGAGUGGGGGGUGGCCUGGGAACUGCACGUGUACGGGUUGGGGGCUGUGUUCGGCCUCGUGUCUCUGGCCUCCUCGCUUGGCCUCCUCUGCCUCCCCUUCCGAUCGCCUCCCCCCCCAAGGCUGGGCUUCCUGCUGCUGGCGGAGGUGCUGCUGUUGCUCAGCGGCUUCUCCCGGGCCUUCACCUUCCUCUACGACACUUAUGGCCACCGGGAAAAUCUGCCGGCGCUCGUUGCUUUGCUCCUGUAUGAGCUGGUCUCCCCCUUCCUCGCCUCCGCCCUGGGGGUGGUGUUCCUGCUGCUGUGGUUGGGACCCGGGCCCCAGGUCUUGGGCUACUGGUGCCCCCGCGCCUGCCUCCUGGCCUCGCUCGCUGGGUUCCACUGUGCUCUCUCGCUCAGCGCUGUCCUGGGCUGUGUGCUGCUUGACCUCUCCCCGUUCCUGCUCCUCGCCUCCCAGGUCUUGUUUGUACUCUGGGUGUCCGCGCUCUCCAUCCUCUACUUGACCUUUUACUGUCGUUCCCGCCGGGCCUACCAGCGGGCUGAAGCCUCCCCACUCGAUUCGGGCCUAUUCAGUCCCGAGCGGAGGGAGUGGGGCCUGGCGGUGCAGGCCGGGGCCUGGGCAUCAGGCUUCGGCUUGUGCUGUGCGGGCGUCAGGCUGUAUUGUGUCCUGCGGUGGCUGGGCCUGGCUGGGCCUCAGGCCUUCCCAGCCUGGCCUUGGUGGGCCUUGCAGCUGUGCGGGAGCCUGUGCGAGGGGGGCCUGUGCCUGAGCCUGGCCCUGGUUGGCCUGUACCCAUUGCUGGGGCUUGUUGGGAGGCCUCCAGGCCACAGCUGCUGGGCCAAAGUCUUCGGCCUCUCUCCUGCUCACGCCUCAAUGAAGGCUCCCAUCUUGUCGGCCCAGUAUAACUGGGCGAGCGGCAACCAGGAGAAGCCCCUCGGCCUUCAGCUCUACAGCCUAGCGGACCCUCCGCUCGGGAACGGGGAGAGACUCAACCUGAUUUACCACAGCAGCGAGACCACCCAGGCCGAGACCACCCAACACGAGGGCUCGUCCCCGGCCCCUUCCUCCUCCUCCUUCUCGGUCGUCAGGGUGACCGGUGACUCCAGUGUUGACCUACGCCCUCCAUCGCCCAUCGACCUGCGACGCAGCAUCGACGAGGCGCUGCUCCCCGGGAGCCUGUUCCGUCGCCCGCGGUUACACAGCGCGGGAGGGCCCGAGCUGGGAGGGGACGUGUCCGUGGCCGCCGAUCGACACGGAGCCUUGGACUGUUUCAGCCCCUCCGGCUCGUGCCUGGUGCUGUCCGCCUGCCCGCCAAGCCCCGAGCUCGGCGGCCAGGGGCGCGGGGGCUCGGCAAAUGGCGCCCCUCGCCCCGGCACCGCCGGCGACACCGCGGAGUUCGUGCAGAUCUGCCGGCAAAUCGACCAACUCAGCGUCAACAGCGACACCAUCGAGUUGUGAGGCCCCACCCGGGGCGAGAGAGAGAGAGAGAGAGAGAGAGAGACGCCAACACACUGUGUUUCACCUAAACGGUUGACAGAGUGAGUGACUGACUUUAUUUGGGAGGGAUUGUCACCGGGAGAG